ACUGCUUUGCACAGUUGGGCGUGUUAGCCGUUAGUUAGCAUUUCCAAACAAAACAUUAUUGUGCUUUAUCGUCCCCUUUCUAGUGGACACUGAGCUUACAGAUUUAUUUGUAAUGCGGUCCCAAUUUUGCUACGUUCAUUUUACACUUUCUUUAUCCAGUCCAGAGAAUAACAACAGGCACGGAAACUUAGGAAAUCAGACAGCUUGAGGCUCAAAUGACUGGCACAUUGCUUAUUUUUAAUAUAUCUGUAUCUGAAUUUCAUAGUGUUUUAGUUUUUGUCAGCGGCAUAAGAAUCUGACAGCACAUCUGUUCAUAUCUUCUCAUACACAUCGCACAUUUCUGGAAGCAGUUUUUGGUGCUGAUCUGUAAACGCGUCCACUGAUGGAUCCUCUUCCAGAUUCCAAAGGUUCUACUCGAUCAACAAGAGGAACACCAGAAACCAAAAGAGAAAACAGCAAUUCAAACCAUAAGAGGAAUCUGCAGGAGGUGCGGAGGAAGGGCAGAAUGGAUCGGAGCAAAAAUGAGGAGGAGAUGAGCAAUGAACUCCAAAACUUGGAUGUUCGUGGUAAGACUAAAGCAACAGGAACAGGUCUCGUCUACGUAGAUGCCUUUACUCGCUUUCACUGCCUCUGGGAUGCCAGUCACCCAGAGUGUCCAGCAAGAGUGAGCACUGUGAUGGAGACUCUGGAAACGGAAGGUUUGCUGGGACGCUGCGAACGAGUUGAGGCCAGAGCUGUGUCAGAAGAUGAGCUGUUACUCGUUCACACGAAGGAAUAUGUAGAGCUGAUGAAAUCCACACAGAAAAUGACAGAGGAGGAGCUGAAGACUCUCGCUGAUAAAUACGACUCUGUCUACCUGCAUCCUGAAUUUUUUGCCUCUUCCUGUCUGGCAGUGGGAUCAGUUCUCCAGCUGGUGGAUAAGGUGAUGACAUCACAGCUGCGGAACGGUUUCUCCAUAAGCAGGCCUCCAGGUCACCAUGCUCAUGCAGAUAAGAUGAACGGUUACUGUAUGUUUAAUAAUCUGGCCAUAGCGGCACGUUACGCACAGAAGCAGCAUGGAGUUAAACGAGUUUUAAUUGUGGAUUGGGAUGUGCAUCACGGACAGGGAAUCCAGUAUAUUUUUGAAGAGAAUCCCAGUGUGCUGUAUUUCUCAGUGCACAGAUAUGAAGAUGGCUCGUUCUGGCCGCAUCUCAAGGAGUCUGACAGCGAUUCGGUGGGUUCAGGAGCAGGACAGGGCUACAACAUCAACCUGCCCUGGAACAAGGUAGGGAUGGAGGAUGGAGAUUACGUCACUGCUUUCCAGCAGCUCCUGCUUCCUGUGGCAUACGAGUUCCAACCUCAGCUGGUGUUAGUAGCGGCCGGCUUUGACUCUGUGAUCGGUGACCCAAAGGGUGAGAUGCGAGUGAGUCCACAGUGCUUCUCCGUCCUGACGCACAUGCUGAAAGGUCUAGCACAGGGUCGACUCAUUCUGGCUCUCGAGGGUGGAUAUAACCUCCAGUCCACAGCAGAAGGUGUUUGUGCUAGUCUGAGGUCACUUCUGGGUGACCCUUGCCCUCAUCUGACCUCUCCUGGUGCUCCAAGUGAAAGUGCCAUGAAGUCCAUCUCAAAGACCAUCUCAGCUUUGUAUCCAUUCUGGAAGAGUCUUCAGACUUUUGAGGGUGGUCCUCUGUCCGACGUCUCUCCUCUUCCCGCUCCAGUGUGUGCAGAAGUGAAGGUUUCCUCUCCGAUCACUGGACUAGUUUAUGACCAGAAAAUGAUGCUUCAUCACAACAUUUGGGACGGUCAUCAUCCGGAGCUCCCUCAGAGAAUUUCACGCAUUUAUUGCCGGCAUGAGGAGUUGGGGUUGCUGUCCCGUUGCCUUCGGAUACCAGCUCGCCUGGCAACAGAAGAAGAGCUGGCACUCUGUCACAGUUCUGAGCACAUAAGCACUAUAAAGAGUACAGAGCACAUGAAACCCAGAGACCUGCACCGACUGGGAAACGAUUACAACUCCAUCUACAUCAGUAAUGAGAGCUACACCUGCGCUCUGAUGGCUGCCGGGUCGUGUUUUAACUCGGUACAGGCCAUACUCACAGGCCAGGUGAGAAAUGGCGUGGCCAUAGUCCGUCCUCCCGGUCAUCAUGCAGAGAAAGACACAGCUUGUGGUUUCUGUUUCUUUAAUACGGCCGCUUUGGCCGCUCGCUAUGCCCAGAGCAUCACUCACAAAUCCCUGCGCGUCCUCAUCCUCGACUGGGAUGUUCACCAUGGAAACGGCACACAGCACAUCUUUGAGGAGGAUGACAGUGUUCUGUACAUCUCCCUGCAUCGCUACGAGGACCGGACAUUCUUCCCCAAUUCAGAGGAUGCUAACUAUGAUAAGGUGGGGCAGGGGAAAGGCAGAGGAUAUAAUGUCAACAUCCCCUGGAGUGGAGGAAAGAUGGGAGACCCAGAAUACAUGGCGGCUUUCCAUCACAUAGUUAUGCCGAUAGCCAGAGAGUUUGCCCCAGAUCUAGUGUUGGUGUCUGCUGGGUUUGAUGCAGCACGAGGUGAUCCGUUAGGAGGGUAUCAGGUGACCCCAGAGGGCUACGCCCACCUCACCCAUCAGUUGAUGAGUUUGGCUGCAGGAAGAGUGCUAGUCAUACUGGAGGGAGGAUAUAACCUCACCUCCAUCUCUGAGUCGAUGUGCAUGUGCACCAGUAUGUUGCUGGGAGACUCUCCUCCACCUCUAGACCAUCUGCCUCCUCCAAAGACCAGCGCCACUGUUACCAUUAACAACGUUUUGCGUGCACACGCCCCUUUCUGGAGCUCCCUGAGAAUACAGAUUCCGGUGUCACUUCGUUUGGCUUUGCCGUCUCCUAAACCAAAGGGAAAGCGGGCGUCGGCGGGCAAGGGCAAGAAAUCUCCUCGCCAGUCCACCUCCGCCCAGAGUCCCGGACAGACACCGCAGCAUCUUGAGCAGUCCGGCCUUGAUGAGCUCAGUAAGGACCUGCUCUCUUUGAAUCUCAACACGAGUGCCUCAUCUAACCCCGGCCCAGAAUCAGUCCCCAUUGGAGGAGCCAGACGAAAGGUGAAACCCAACCCACAGAGGGAUUCAGCAGGCGGAGAGUCAGAUUCACCCCUGAAACUCAAGUCAGAGAAAGGCAGAUCUGGAGACGGCACGCAUGCAGAGGUUACCGCUGUGAAAACAGAGACACCUGACCGGACGAUCCUGGAGUCUGUGGUCACUGGAAAUUCAGCUGCCGAGGAUGGCCAGGAGAGCGCAGUGCUGGAGGCUGCUGGUGGUCAAGCCACAAUGAUGUCAGUCUUAGAAAGUGUCUUUGGAGCACAAGCCACGGAUUUGGACACCAUGUAUGUGGUGGACCCGUUGCCAUGGUGCCCACACUUGGAGUCAGUGCGACCGGUGCCCGCGGGUGGCAUCGAUGUCUUCCUGCCGUGUGAAGAGUGUGGAGGUGAUACAGAAAACUGGAUCUGCCUCUUCUGCUACAAGGUGCUCUGCGGGCGUUAUGUGAACGAGCACAUGGUGGCCCACGGGCAGGUGUCGGGUCACCCUAUGGUGCUAAGCUUCGCUGACCUCUCAGUCUGGUGCUACGCUUGUGAGUCAUACGUCCACAACAAGGUGCUCCACGAAGCCAAAAAUGCCGCUCACCUCGUGAAGUUUGGAGAGGAGAUUCCUCCAUUCAACUAAACCAGCAGAGAAGGAAGUGUGCGUUUGUGUUUGCAUGCAUGUAGAUGCAGUGGAAGCAAGUUUUUUUUAGUUGAUCCGUCUUCCUUCCUCACUUGUGUCUUACACAUACCUUAUAGAUUCUCAUUGUGCCAAUUGUGAGGUUUUUUGCCAAAAUACCGAUUUUAUUCAUGGAAUUUGUUUGAUCUUAAAGAAAAUUUCAGUUUUUAAAAGGUGCACUGUCUACAAAUUGUUCUGGUAGUUAUUUUUCCAAACAGUACUUUGAUUUUUAUGAAGGGUUCUUGCAGAACAACGGUAGCAUGGUGCUAAAACCACAAUUUUACACCAGCCAAAUCUGUAGUAUUUAAUGUUUCAAAUGUACCGCGUUCUCAAUGCACAACACUGUUGAGAAUCAUCCCAGUUUUGGUUGUAAGACUCCGGGCCAAGUCGAUCAAACUGGAAAUUGCAAAACCACCUUAAACUGAAAGCAAUAAAUAGUGCAAUAUUUACUUAAACAGCAUCUGAGGACAGGCUGUAAUGAGUUAUUUUGUGUUUCUUUUCUUUUUUUAUGUUCAUUUUUGCACAAACACAAUGAUUCAAACCUUUGGAAACUCACUUUGUAACUCUUGAUAUAUGUGUCAUCUGAAAUAAAAACUCUUCUGUUCCAUGUUCUAAAAAGCCACUGCUUAUUAUGGUCACAUCUGUGGAAAGAUCAAUGGGAAAAUCUCACCCCAAUG